AUGAUGCUCAAUGUAAUCUCAUUAGGUGUUCUUUCUCAGUUUGUUUCACUGGUUGCUUCGAGCGAGCAGACCGCGCCUCCUUCGCAGGACGAAUCGUCAACAACACCGAGCGAGAUAGUCGUCGACCCUGAGCACGACGACCUGAUCAAGCCGGCUGCGUCCGGAAAGCAGGAGAGCCUGAGCUCAUAUUUCCCUUGGACGCACAAGCCAAUCUGCACGGCGCAUCUCGAUGAGAAAGAUCAAUUCUGCGUCUACACAAAUGCGUCCUUCAGCAACGGACGAGGGAUCUCUAUCUUCACCAGACCUGGACUCGCGCCGGAGUUCGCAUCUCUACCACCCUUUCAAGAUCCUACAGCACUGUCCUCAAAGGGCAUCAACCUUGAUACAGAUACCAAACAUCGGCCGUGGUACGUAGCCUCUGUUCCCGGCAAGGGCAUGGGCAUGUUUGCCUCUCGGCCUCUCGAACGUGGCGAUCUAAUUACGGCUUAUACGCCUUAUCUUCUUGCACAUAUAGACGACCUCACCUUCGCAGAGGAUCGGGAGAAAUUGCUCAGGCUGGCUGUUGACCAACUCCCAUCGGCAAGUCGAGAUGCAUAUCUCGCCUUGGCCAAGAUUUACAAUGAGCCAGACGUCGUGGUUCAGGAUGUACUUAAAGCGAAUGCAUUUAACAUGAAGAUUGGCGGCUUGAUGCAUCCGGCUGUGUUCCCAGAGGCCUCGAGGAUUAAUCAUGCCUGCGCGCCAAACGCACAAUACUUCCUCUCCAUCGACUUAUUAACACAAUACAUUCAUGCCGUGCGCCCCAUCAAAAAGGAUGAGGAAAUCACAAUCUCCUAUGCGCCACCUCUUCGCCUACACGCCGAUCGACAGCAAUACUUCCAAUCUAUAUUCCAAUUUACAUGCACUUGUCAACGCUGCUCACCUAGCUCCUACAACAAAAAACGCACUAUAGGAGACUCCGACAGAGCCACCCACGAUAUUGUCACACUGCAAUGGGAGCUCUCUCAACCUAACUCGACCGCUGGCGUCACGCAAGCCGAAAUGCUCAUCAACCUGUACAAAGCCGAGGGACUGGACGGGUUUCUAGACUCAGCGUACGGAUACGCCGCACUCGCAUAUAAUAGGGUAGGCAGUGCGAGAGGGGCCAAGAAGUAUGCCAAGUUGGCCGUCGAGGCAACUUGGUUAAAGUACGGGUUUGAUGGUGUAGGGUUGGAGAAGGCUAGAGAGUGGGAGAGCAUUGCGAGGGACCCAACGGGUCAUGCGAGUUGGAGGGGUGGGAAGACGGAACUGUAG